GAACGCCCGUCGACUGACGAGUGACGAUCUAUCAAACAGAAAAACAGAACGCAGAUUGCGAUUUUAGUGCGUGUUCAGCUUGCAAUCUAUUAAAAUUUAAGAAUUUAAUUCUUGAAAUUACUUGAUUUUAGUUGUGAAUUGCCAGCCGUAAACCGACCACAAUGUUCGGCGCAACGCUUGGCGGUGCUUCCGCCUUCGGAGCAACAGCGGCGGCCCCAACCAAUCCGAUGAAGGACUUUGAGGUGACGUCGCCUCCGGAGGAUACCGUUUCGGCCAUGGAGUUCAGCCCUGCUACGUUGCAGCAGAACUUUCUGAUUGCCGGCAGUUGGGAUUGCAGUGUGCGCUGCUGGGAAGUCGAGCAGACCGGCAAAACGGUGGGUAAAUCCAUCAAGACCAUGGGCGGCCCCGUGCUGGAUGUUUGCUGGGCUGACGACGGGAGUAAGGUCUUUAUCGCGUCGGCUGAUAAGCAGGUGAAAUGCUGGGAUUUGGCUUCCGAUCAAGUUGUUCAGGUCGCACAGCAUGAUGCUCCGGUUAAGACAUGCCAUUGGGUGAAGGGAACCAACUACACCUGCCUGAUGACCGGAUCGUGGGACAAAACUCUGAAAUUCUGGGACACCCGAACGCCGCAGCCGAUGAUGUCGAUUCAACUUCCGGAACGGUGUUACUGCGCUGACGUCGAUUAUCCAAUGGCCGUCGUUGGCACGGCCGGAAGGCAUGUCCUGAUCUAUUCCCUGGAAAACAAACCAACCCAGUACAAACAACAGGAGAGUCCACUCAAGUACCAGCACCGAACGGUUUCCAUUUUCCGUGACAAGAAGAAAGCUCCCACCGGAUAUGCCCUUGGCUCGAUUGAGGGUCGUGUGGCUAUUCAGUAUGUGAAUCCGAUCAAUCCGAAGGACAAUUUCACGUUCAAGUGCCAUCGAUCGAACGGGUCCAAUGGGUAUCAGGAUAUCUACGCCGUAAACGACAUUGCAUUCCACCCUGUCCAUGGAACUUUGGCCACCGUCGGAUCGGAUGGCACGUUCAGCUUCUGGGACAAGGACGCCCGAACGAAGCUCAAGUCGUCGGAAACGAUGGAUCAAUCCAUCACCAAGUGUUGCUUCAACGCCACGGGCCAGAUCUUUGCCUACACUGUCGGAUACGAUUGGUCCAAAGGGCACGAGUACAACAAUCCCCAGAAGAAGACGUACAUUUUCCUGCGUUCCUGCUACGAAGAGCUGAAACCCCGGGCAAAUAACUAAACAUUGCUAAAAGUAUGUACUACACUGAAUAUAUUUUCUCUUUUCCUUCAAUAAACAUACAUAUAAGCAGGGUGUAAACUACCUGGCAACCCCUAA